CAACUUCUGCACAGUGAUGGGAAGUCAAAUUGAGUUAUACAUGAAUCAUUUUUAUAAAGUAUGAGGGUAUGGAUUUGUGUGUGUGUGUGUCUUUCUCGCCUGUUAACCCACUUCACCCAGGAAGAGCUGGCUCGUGUUUUAUGCCUCUGAGUCAUCAUGAGUGAGGCUGAUCUCCGGUAUCCACUCCUCUCUCCUCUUCACAUCUGUGCAGUCCUCCUCCCUGAGGCUUCCUCUGUCACAACGGAAUAUGACUCGUUUUCUCUGAGGAAACUUAGUUUUUUGUCGAAAUGUUGCGGGUGAUUGUUGAAUCCGCUAAUGGGAUCCCCAAUAAGAGACUUGGAAAUCCAGAUCCAAUUGCUGGUGUUGUCUUUAGAGGUGAAAAGAAGAAAACCAAAACAAUUGACAAUGAGCUGAAUCCAGUUUGGAAUGAAGUGCUUGAGUUUGACCUGAAAGGCACUCCUUUGGAUGCAUCUUCAUUCAUCAGUGUGGUUGUCAAAGACUAUGAAACAAUCGGCAAAGACAAGCUCAUUGGUUCGGCAAAAAUCUCUCUGAGGGACUUGGCCGGUGGUCAACUGAAGUCCCUUCCAUCCAGGAAUGUGCCUUUGAUCAACGACAAACAACAGGCAGUCGGGGCAACCAUCAAUUUGGUCAUUGGGUACGAUCCGCCUGCCAACACAACUCCAAAUCCUAAUAAUGAACCUGAUGGAGAUGUGUCUCAUGUGGAUGGAGGAGGCAGUGAUGAGGAUGACGAGGGGGAGGCAGAUGCAGAGGGAGGAUUCCAGGGUGGAGGUUCAGGUGCUCCAACUUCUCCAAACCAGCCUGGGAAACCUGGUCACAAGUCGGUCCGAAUCAGCCGCAAGACGAAUAGAGCCUUGGCCAAUAAGCCUCAGGACUUCCAGAUCCGUGUCAGGGUCAUCGAGGCCAGACAGUUACCCGGCAACAAUGUCAAGCCAGUGGUUAAGGUGAAUGUAUGUGGACAGACCCACAGGACGAGGAUCAGGAGAGGAAACAACCCGUUCUUUGAUGAGAUGUUUUUCUACAAUGUGAACAUGCUGCCCUCAGAACUGUUUGAUGAGAGCAUCAGUCUGCGGGUCUAUGACUCCUUCUCCCUCAGAUCUGACAGUCUAAUGGGAGAGUUCAAGCUCGACGUUGGCUACAUUUAUGAUGAACCAGGUCAUGCCAUCAUGAGAAAAUGGCUCCUGCUGAGUGACACUGAUGACUCCACCUCAGGGGCAAGAGGCUACCUAAAAGUCAGCAUAUUUGUAGUGGGCACUGGAGAUGAUCCACCGACUGAGCGGAAAGAGAUGAGUGACGAGCAGGAUGAUAUUGAAAGCAAUCUGUUGGUACCAGCUGGAGUCACAAUGCGAUGGGCGACACUCAGCCUCAAAGUGUACCGUGCCGAGGAUAUGCCACAGAUGGACGAUGCCUUCAUGCAGUCCGUGAAACAGGUCUUUGGAGGAGACGGGGAUCGGAAAAACUUGGUGGAUCCAUUUUUGGAAGUCAGCUUUGCCGGCAAAAAGCUGAGCACAAAAAUUAUUGAGAAAAAUGCUAAUCCAGAGUGGAAUCAGAUCAUUCAUCUCCAAGUCAAGUUCCCAUCCAUGUGUGAACGCAUAAAGUUAACUCUUUAUGACUGGGAUCGUCUCACCAAGAAUGACGCCAUUGGAACAACAUUUUUGAAUCUGAGCACAAUGUCUUCUUCUGGGGGAGAGAUCGAAGAUGCACGCACUGAAAACAACAUAGUGACUGAAUUGAGCACGGCAGCAUCUGAGAUCGGAUUUCUCCCAGCUUUCGGGCCUUGCUAUGUCAACCUGUAUGGAAGCCCGAGAGAAUUUACGGGCCUGCCUGAUCGCUACGAGGAACUCAACUUUGGAAAGGGUGAAGGGGUCGCCUACAGGGGCAGGGUCCUUGUUGAGCUGUCCACUCAGCUGGAUGGAAAAGUUGAUAAGAACCUGGAUGACAUCUCCAGUGAUGACAUCCUGGUGGCACAGAAAUAUCAGAGAAGGAGGAAGUACUGUGUGUGCGCCGUGUUCCACAGUGCGUGCAUGCUCCAGGAGCCGGGCGAGCCAAUCCAGUUCGAGGUCAGCAUUGGUAACUACGGUAACAAGUUGGACUCCACCUGCAAGCCCCUGUCCUCCACCACCCAGUACAGCUAUGCAGUGUUCGAUGGUAACCGCUACUAUUACCUGCCCUGGGCUGACACUAAGCCUGUGGUGAUUCUUACGUCAUACUGGGAGGACAUCAGUCACCGUCUGGACUCAGUCAACAUUCUCCUCUUCAUCGCUGAGAGACUGGAGUCUAACCUUACCUCUUUAAGAACAGCCAUCAUAGCCAAGCUGUCUGAGACACGUCUGGCAGAGAUCUGGCUCAAGCUGAUCAACCACCUGAUUGAGGACUUGGAGAAUUUCCAGCUGCCAGAUCUGGAGAACCAGCCCAAUGUGACUCUGUUGGACCUUCAGAUGAAGAAGCUGCGCGAUGCUGCAGUGGAGAGUAUCCGACAGAUGGCAGGUCGCAUGAGAGAGGAAGCCACAGAUGUCAAGGCUACGAUUGGUGACAUUGAAGACUGGGUGGACAGAAUCAAGCAGCUGGCCGAGGAGCCUCAAAACAGCAUGCCAGACGUCAUCAUCUGGAUGUUGAGAGGGGAGAAGCGUGUGGCUUUUGCUCGAGUCCCUGCAAACCAGAUUCUGUACUCCAACUUUAGCGAACAGGCUCGUGGCAAGAACUGUGGACAGACCCAGACCAUUUUUAUGCAGUACCCAAUGGACAAAAACAAAGGUGAGAAGAUUCCUGUCCAGCUGCGGGUCAACAUGUGGCUCGGUCUCUCCGCCCAUGAGAAGAAGUUCAACAGCUUCUCAGAGGGGAACUUCAGUGUUUAUGCUGAAAUGUAUGAGAACCAGGCCCAGGUCUUUGGGAAGUGGGGAACAACCGGCCUGGUGGGUCGCCAUAAGUUCUCUGAUGUGACUGGAAAAGUGAAACUCAAACAAGAACGCUUUCUGCCGCCGCGUGGAUGGGAGUGGGACGAGGACUGGUUUGUUGACCCCGAGCGAUGCUUGUUGACAGAAGCAGAUGCCGGCCACACAGAGUUCACGGAUGAGGUUUUUCAGAAUGAAACACGUUUCCCUGGCGGGGAGUGGAAGCCGGCAGGAGAGCCCUACACAGACGUGAAUGGAGAAAAGACUCAAAGCCCAGCAGAGUUCGAGUGUCCACCUGGAUGGACCUGGGAGGAUGACUGGAGCUUUGACACCAACAGGGCUGUGGAUGAGAGAGGUUGGGAGUAUGGAGUUACCAUUCCUCCUGAUGACAAGCCUAAAUCUUGGGUUGCAGCAGAGAAGAUGUACCAUGUCCAUCGCAGGAAGAGACUUGUGAGACCACGCAGAAAGACUUCGGAUAAAAUGGUGUCUAUUGAGAGGAGAGAACCAGGGGAAGGCUGGGAAUACUCUUCCCUGAUUGGCUGGAAGUUUCACAGGAAGGAGCGCUCCUCUGACACGUUCCGGCGUCGCCGCUGGAGAAGAAAAAUGGUCCCAUCUGACCGCAUUGGGGCCUCUGCCAUCUUCAGAUUGGAAGGGGCAUUAGGGGUUGACGUUGAUGAAAAGGCCAGUAAAACGGAUGCAGCCAAAGUAUUUGGUGCCAACACCCCCACGGUUUCCUGCCACUUUAGCAGGUCCUACAUUUACCAUCUGAGAGUGUACGUGUACCAGGCCAGAAAUCUCUGUGCCAUGGACAAAGACAGCUUCUCGGAUCCAUAUGCCCACGUCUCAUUCCUCCAUGUGAGUAAGACCACAGAAGUCAUAAGGACCACCCUGAACCCCACAUGGGAUCAGACUCUCAUCUUUGAGGACAUUGAAAUCUACGGAGACCCACAAACCAUUGCACACAAACCUCCUGAUGUGGUGCUGGAGCUGUAUGACAGCGAUCAAGUCGGUAAAGAUGAACCCAUGGGUUGCUGUACGUGCCCACCAGUCGUGAAACUGAACCCUAGUGUGGCUGUCAGUCCCAAGCUUCUGUGGUUUCCAGUCACCAAAAAAGGUCGCAGUGCUGGGGAGGUGCUUCUGGCUGCAGAGCUUCUACUGAAGGAGAAGGUGAAUGAUGGAGAUCUGCCUCUGGUGCCUCCUCGACGGGGAGAAAACCUCUACAUGGUCCCCCAGGGAAUAAGGCCUGUAGUGCAGCUCACUGCGAUAGAGGUCUUGACUUGGGGCUUGAGAAACAUGAAGACCUACCAGCUGGCCACAGUUUGUUCUCCCAGUUUGAUAGUGGAGUGUGGCGGUGAGAUCGUUCAAACCGCUGUCAUCAAGAACUUCAAAAAGAAUCCAAACUUCCCUGGAUCUGUGCUCAUACUCAAAGUGCUUCUCCCAAAAGAGGAGAUGUACACCCCUCCCAUCGUGCUGAAGGUAAUCGACCACCGACCAUUUGGCAGGAAACCUGUAGUGGGUCAGUGCACCAUCGACUGCCUGGAGGCGUUUCGCUGUGAUCCCUAUCGCAUUAACAGUGAAAUCUGCAUGUCUGCAAGAGUGGCAAUGAUUGCUGCAUCUCAUGGAGAUGUCAUCUUAGACAUUGAGGAGAGACCCAUCAUGAAAACAACUGAGCUUCAAGCAGAGAAGGAGGAGGAGGCAGUCGACUGGUGGAGUAAGUUCUAUGCUUCUGUUGGCGAGCAGGAAAAGUGCAGGCCGUACCUGAAGAAGGGAUAUGACAAACUGCAGGUGAUCAACUGUGAACUGGAAGAGGCUGCACAGUUCCAGGGACUCACUGAUUUCUGCACUACUUUUAAACUUCAGCGAGGAAAGACUGACGAUGAUGAAGAUGAUCCAUCGGUGGUGGGUGAAUUUAAGGGCUCAUUCAAGAUUUAUCCGCUGCCUGAUGACCCAGGGGUUCCACAUCCGCCUCGUCAGUUCAAAGAGCUUCCUGAAAGUGGACCUCAGGAGUGUCUGGUCAGGAUCUAUGUGGUGCGCGGCAUUGACCUGCAGCCGAAGGAUACAAACGGCAUGUGUGACCCCUACAUUAAGAUGGCAUUGGGGAGAAAAACACUGGAUGAUAGAGAUCACUACAAACCAAACACCCUCAAUCCAGAGUUUGGGAGGAUGUUCGAGAUGUCCUGCUUCCUGCCUCAAGACAAGGACCUGAAGAUUGCUGUAUACGACUAUGACCUACUGAGCAGAGAUGAGAAAGUGGGUGAGACAGUCAUCGAUUUGGAGAACAGACUCCUGUCUCGUUUCAGGCCCUGCUGUGGCCUGCCAGAGACUUACUGCAUUUCAGGGAUCAAUCAGUGGAGAGACCAGCUGAAGCCUUCUCAGAUUCUCCAGAAUGUGGCCAGAGUAAGAGGUGUUCCUCCUCCACGCAUAGAGGCGGAUGGAAGCUCACUGACCCUCUCAGGAAGACAAUACAACCUGCAAGAUUUUGAGACAAACACUGUGAUCCACCCCCACUUGGGCCCAGCCAGGGAAAGGCUGGCCCUGCAUGUCCUCAGAGACCAGGGCCUGGUACCAGAGCAUGUGGAGACCAGAACCCUUUGUAGCUCUCACCAACCCAACCUGUCCCAGGGAAAAAUCCAGAUGUGGGUGGACAUUUUCCCAAAGAGCCUGGGUUUACCGGGGCCCCCAUGUGACAUCACUCCACGCAAGGCCAAGAAAUACUUCUUGAGAGCAAUUGUUUGGAACACAACUGACGUCAUUCUGGAUGAAACGAGCAUCACAGGAGAAAACAUGAGUGACAUCUACGUCAAGGGAUGGAUGCCUGGUAUGGAGGAGGACAAACAGAAGACUGAUGUCCACUACAGAUCUCUGGAUGGUGAUGGAAAUUUCAACUGGAGGUACAUCUUUGGGUUUGAGUACCUUCCUGCAGAACAGUUGUGUGUCGUCUCCAGAAAAGAGCACUUCUGGAAUCUGGACAAAACUGAAUUUCGUAUUCCUCCAAAAAUGAUCGUCCAGAUAUGGGACAAUGACAAAUUCUCCUUGGAUGACUACUUAGGUUCAGUUGAGUUGGACCUACUCAAUCUGAUCCCUCCUGCUAAGAGCCCAGAAAAGUGCAGUCUGAAGAUGUUACCAGGGAUGACGGGCUCGGUGACCUCCAAAAAACCGCAGCCAAACUCCCUCUUUUCCCAGAAGUCUGUUCGAGGCUGGUGGCCAUGUGCGAUUGAGCAGGAUGGGAAAAAAGUGCUUGGAGGGAAGGUAGAAAUGACACUGGAAAUUGUGGAAGAGAGGGAAAUGCAGGAGAGACCAGCAGGGAAAGGCAGAGAUGAACCAAACAUGAAUCCAAAACUGGACCAACCAAACCGCCCUGACACUUCAUUCUUCUGGUUUACAAACCCGUGCAAGACCAUGAAGUUCAUAGUAUGGCGCAGGUUUAAAUGCCUUUUCAUCAUAGGGAUAAUCCUCCUGCUGGUUAUCCUGUUCUUCGGGAUCCUGCUCUACUCUCUUCCAAACUACAUCUCUAUGAAGAUUGUGAAGCCCUUCUCCUAAAGCGCACUGCAGAGAAGCUGUCUGCCUUCCUCUCUGAAGAACAUACAGUCCUCAUCACUGUUACCAUCCCUUGGAAAAUAUGCAAUAACUUCUUUGGCUAAAGCACACUGAUCAUUAACCUGUGACAUAAUCAGAAAUGUUGGUUUCUUACUUUUGCACUCUCAGUAUUACUUAUAAAUCUUGUGUAUCAAAUAUUUUCUCUCGUGUUCAAAUUCAGAAAAAGAAACAUUGUGAUAUUUUAAUAAACUCUGUUUUGUAAUUGUUGUCCA